AAAGACAUACUUUGAAGAUUAUACUGAAAAAAAUCUGUACUGAAAAUUUCAUUGAAUGUAUGAAAAGUUGACAAGACUUAAAAUCAGUGUUCAGGGACAUGUCAAAGGUAUAAAGAUCUAUUAUCGGUUUGUAAACAUACAUAACAAAGAAACCAUGUUUAAUGUAUGGUCACAGACGUGGAGUUUUCAGGGGGACAGGUUCUCAACACAUAUCACACUCUGUGACGUAUUAUCAUUGUGUGUACAAGGCUAGUAAUUAUGUGUGUUCAAAGGUAAAGUACAUUCAUGACGAGAGGACGCCGUUACUGAAGAACUAAAUAUAUAAUGGAGUAAAAGAGCUCCGAUAUAUGUCACAAACAUUUCUGGACAUAAAAAGGAAAGAGGAAAUAACCUUGGCAAUACUGAAGCAGACAUGACGGUUGAUUGAAGGGAAUGUGCAGCAGUCAUGAAAAGGAGGAGGAUACAGAAUCUAGUACAUACAAUGAUACCACAGUUUCUGAAACACAAAAUAGGGGCCUGCGGAGCAAGACACUGGAAAAGACAAUUGUUUUACAUAAUGCUGUAUGCUGCUCUAUUCUUAGGAAUCGUUGGAUUUCUGUCCCAGAUUAUCUUUUUAUCCUCAAAGUUUCGGAUCUUGUCCAAAUAUAAUAAUAUUGACGAUAACCUUGACGCCUUGAAUGUCACAGAUAAAACAAAACAGACUCCACCCAAAACAUUUUUAUCCUACAAACAUAAUUUCUCUUUCCCUUUAGAAAUAGAUAUUGCUUAUCUUGUAAAUGAGAAGAUUCAGUAUAAUAUUUCAAUUCCACAUGAGCCGAUCAAUCCACAUCCAUUUAAAUACAUGAAUCUUCCUGAAGCUUGCAACUUCAAACUGAACAAAAGUUAUUGGACGGAAAACGACACAAUUCUUGUCUUGGUCAAGUCCACGGCAAGACAUUACUCUCUUCGAGCUGCCUUACGGUCGAUAUGGAGGUCUGUUCAAGAUCCAGGAAUUAAAAAAGUGUUUUUACUUGGUUACGAUGGGAUAAAUCAAACACAAAUUGAUGAGGAAAGUCAAACUUACGGUGACAUUAUACAGGAAGACUUUGUAGACGCUUAUAGAAAUAACACUCACAAAACUAUCAUGGGAUACAACUGGGCCAUACAAUUCUGUGAUCAAGUUAAAUUCAUGUUCUUCAUGGAUGAUGAUUAUUAUUUGAAGAUGUCAGAUCUUGCAAGCUAUCUUCGAAAAAUUCCAGAAGAAAAUCGUCACAACAUUUAUAUCGGGUCAUUAUCGAAGGCUGGAGAGCCAUACAGGGAUAAAAGCACUCGUUGGUACGUUUCUACAGAGGAAUAUCCAUUUGACAGGUAUCCUCCAUACAUUGGCGGUGGUGCAUAUGUUGUUUCGUAUGACGUCGCUCAUAGAUUUCAGCUAGCUUUUCCUUUCGUUAAAUAUAUACCAAUUGAUGAUGCGUACUUGGGGAUUGUGGCACGCAAACUCAUGAUAGUUCCCCAUCGUGACAUGAAGUUUCAGUCUUACUACAGAGGUGCUAUCGCCAAAGAAUGUUCCCAUGAUGCAUCACAGCUCAUCAAGCAGUACUGCCCGCUGGCUCGGUUUGGAUUUAAUAUGUAUAUACACCAAAACAAAAAACGUGCAAAGAAUACAACACUACUACGGUCACUAAUUCUUAUUAUCUGUAUUCUCAUUGCUGCCUGCUGUUGUAUUGCAUUGCCAGUAAUUCUGCAUCUUUAUUGUGAUGGCUUUUUUAAAGAGGCUUACCCGCAGACGGACCGGUAAACGGCACAUCUCCGAUCACUAAAUAAACUUCAGUACACGUUUCUAUGUGACAAAAUUAGAGGCUUUCCGACUUUAUUUCUUGAAAACAAUUACAGAAUAUGUAUUUAAAAGACGUUUUAAAACUCAACCUGAGAGGGAAAUGUAUGGAAUAUAACGGCAAAUCUUCUUUGUAAAUCGCUGCAACCAACAUUGAUUUGUACCAAGUCUCUGUGGCUAAAAUAUGUGUGUUAAUUAGGGUAGUAAAAUCCGGUUAAAAAUGGUAUAAACAUUCUAUUGCUUAUAACCUGGUCAAUACAUAUCAUGACAUAAUCAGAUGAUUCAUACAAUGAAUACAUGUACAUGCAUCCAUAUAUUGUUAUUAGAUAAAUGAAUAAAUUGCAUUGUUACAGUCAAUUUUCAUUGUCACUUUUUUCUAUUAUCGAUGAUGGCCCCAAUAGGUUUCAGAUUCUCUAAUUAAUUAAAGAGGCUUACCCGCAGACGGACCGGUAAACGACACAUCUCCGAUCACUAAAUAAACUUCAGUAC